AUGGUCCUACGCUCCUUUGCACGUUGCGCUUCAACAGUUGCCAAGAAGACUUUGAGCCGUGGCUCUAGUCGUAAUGAAGUAACCAGCCAGCAACUAUGUGACGAUAUCCUCGAUCGACUGCGUACCAGCCUUCCUGCUCCAAACACUUGCGACAUUAUCGACAUCAACCCCGGACAAGGGAUAUGGUCCAAGAGCUUGCACCGUAUCAUUCAACCUAGACGCCAUGUCCUUGUCGAGUCCAAUCUGGAAAAAUACGCGGACCAUCUCCAACCCUUGUUGACGAGCCAUAACUCAGCAUAUCGGCAUUCGACCAUUCUUGAGGACGUGUUUGACCCAAAAAAACAACUUUUGACUCAAUAUGAGGUCGAAAAAGCUGUUUCUGACGGGAAGCAGACCGAAUACAACAGAUGUUUGUUGAUGACGGUCAAUCUCUCUGGGGCAAAGGUCAGCAUUGGGGGGUAUAUGGGAUCACUGAGCAGAAAAUUCUUCGAUGAGCUCUAUCUGUCGGUGCUUGCCAGUCCUCACAAUGGCUUCUUUCGCUAUGGUCUGAUCCGGGUUUUGGCAUGGAUUCCUGAUCACGAGAAAGAUUCUUAUAUCCCCCGGACCGUGCACGCGCGCCACAAGCAGACCAUCAUGCUUGAAGCAACCACCGAGAUUACCGAGGUAGCUAGUGCGUCAGGAGCAACAAAGUCAACCAGGUACAGGAAAUGGCCUGAUCUUGAGUUGGAAGAAAUAGCGGUGAUCAACGCCAGAGCCAAAGAUUCGGGGUAUAAGAUGCCAAAGUCGAGGCUCGACGCGCCUCCACCGCGGGAGUUGCUCAGUAUUGAGCCGACUCCUCGAAAUUUGCGGAAAGCAGACUUCACCUCGGACGCAGAGUGGGUGCCCAGACUACUCGAAUUAGACAGCCACAUAAAGAAGAAGUAUCCCCAUUGGUAUCGAAAAUAUGCUUUGGGACAGUCGAUUCGCAAACUGGGCCUGAAGACGCCCCUUCAGAAAGAGUGGGGGGAGCUUCUCCGGCGGGCAAAUACUACACACAAGACCCAUAUGAAAGCUGUCGAAUUGGUCAACCAAGAAAGAAAAUUGGUAUCGGAUUGGAAACUUGAGAUAUCCAAUGCCCAGGGCAAACCCAUCGAUCCCGACACCGAGCUAUCGCUUCAGAAGCGUGCUGAAACCAUCAAGGAGAAGCUAAAGGCAUUGAAUCGGACGAACAGAAUCUUUGCGGAAAAGGCCAUCGACGACUGUAGAGCUUGGGAUAUGUCACCACCUAUUCUAGCCUGGAAUCGUCGGGAAGCUCACCCUUUGACCGUUUACAAUGGCGAAUUCGAUGCUCCGAACCGCCAAAUGGCUCUGCUGGACGUGAUUCCACGAGGAGAUUUAAUGCUCAAAGUCAACACUUAUGAUAAGAUGGUAUGCUUCCGCUAUAUUGUCACAACCCUCUCUCUAUACCUCUCCAGGAGUGUCGCUGAAGCGUUGAGGGCUCUGGUACAUGAAGGGCUAGACGAGUUUGUCAAGACCAUCCCAGGGAUCCACGAUCCCACCAAGGGAGGGUGGUACGAUCUGACCACCUUGCGAGUGAGAGCCUUGCCAACGGACAUGUUUGUGGAAAUUGGGUUGGCUUAUGAGAAGUGGCCGUUUCGCAUGAGCACAGAGGCGAUCCUCAUGACGACAGCAGACCCAACAGCAGGGUAUAGUGGCCAAGAUGAUGAUAUGAAAUGA